GUGGUCUAUAAAUUAAGCCUUGGCCCUUGAGGUUUCCACAUUCAUCGUGGCCUACCCUCUUGAAUAAUCUGCAUCCCUUCCUUUUAUCUUAGGCUAGUAAUUAAGUAAUUAACAAUGAAUAAGUCAUUUAGAUGGAGCUGUUAUUACUUCUUGCUACUAAAUAUGUUUUUGUUGCAUUUGACAGUAAGGUCCCAACUGACAACAGAUUUCUAUAAGUCAUCAUGUCCUAACCUUACCAAAAUUGUAAGGAAAGAGGUUAUAAAAGCUAUAAUGAAUGAACAGCGAAUGGCUGCUUCUUUGAUUCGUCUUCACUUUCAUGACUGUUUUGUCAAUGGUUGUGAUGGAUCAAUAUUAUUAGAUGGUGGUGAUGAUUUUGAAAAAUCUGCUUUUCCUAAUAUAAACUCUGUUAGAGGAUUUGAUGUUAUUGAUACAAUCAAAAGUUCAGUGGAAAGUGCCUGUAGUGGAGUUGUCUCAUGUGCUGAUUUAGUAGCCAUAGCUGCCAGAGAUUCUGUUCUCCUUAGUGGUGGUCCUUCAUGGAGUGUUCUGCUAGGAAGAAGAGAUGGAACAAUCUCAAAUGGAUCACUGGCAAAUGUGGCACUUCCUUCUCCAUUUGAUCCACUAGAUACUAUUGUUUCAAAGUUUACUAAUGCAGGCCUCAAUCUCACAGAUGUUGUUUCUUUAUCAGGUGCGCAUACGAUCGGGAGAGCAAGGUGUGCACUAUUUAGCAACAGAUUGUUCAAUUUUUCUGGAACAGGUUCACCAGACAGUACACUAGACACGACCAUGCUGACCGACCUACAAAAUUUAUGUCCUCAAACUGCAGAUGGAAACACAACUGCUGUUCUUGAUAGAAACUCAUCUGAUUUAUUUGACAAUCAUUACUAUAAGAACUUGCUCAAUGGAAAGGGUCUUCUUAGUUCUGAUCAGAUUCUGUUUUCUACUGAUGAAGCCAAUUCUACUUCUAAACCUAUAGUCCAAAGCUAUAUUGAUAAUAGUACACUUUUCUUUGGUGAUUUUGUCAAGUCUAUGAUCAAGAUGGGGAAUAUAAAUCCAAAGACUGGAUCUGAUGGUGAGAUUAGGAAGAGCUGCAGAGUGAUAAAUUCUUAGUAAUAUGUAUUAGGAUUUGUAAAAUAUGAAAUAAGUGGAAGCUUAGGAGUGUGUCUUCCUUGUGAUAGUGCAGUUAUGAUGGUGUUGCUAACUUGUAAUGUUGUUGUUUGUAAGAAAAUUUGUAUGUGGGGGGUGUGCUUAUGAAACAAAAUAGAAUCAUAUAUAAAAUAAAUAAAAAAUCUAAAGAGAAUAUUGUUGUUGA